UGAAUUACAACUGUGAAGAAACUAUGAAGAAUAUCAGUUUGGUGAAUCUUGGUAAACUUCUAGAUGACUUCUCAGUGAUAGAAAAGAAAAUAUCAGAAAUUAAUGAAGCAAAUAACCUACUGGUUCUUCAGCUGGAAAAAUCUAACAUGUUGGUAAAAUUAAGCCAAUCAAAAGAGGAUUCAGUAAAAGAAGAAUGUGCUGCUCUACAGAAUGUGAUAAAUGGUCUAACACAAACUGUUGAAAACCAAUGUAACGUGAAAGAUGAAAAUGAGAGGCUGAAGGAUAGUAUUCACAUCUUGGAAGGGAAAUUAAAGGCUCGUGAACAGGAAUAUAAACUUCAGAUUGAGAAGCUUUUGACAGAAAUUAAAAACAAAGAGGAAGACCACAAAUUAGAAAUAACGCAAUUGAAUUGCGACAUGAAAAAAAAAAUUGAACUGAUAGAAGUGGGGUAUAAAGAACAAAUAGAGAAAAAAGAACUGGAAAUAUUAGAGUUAACCAGACAGCUGAAAACUCAAGAUGAAGAGAAGCAAAAUGAAAUCAUUAAACUGCAGAUAGAGUUCAAUGCUAAAUUAGCAAGAGUUCAGAAUAAAACAGCAAAAUCAUUUUCAGAUGCAUCUGUCUUGCCACAAAGUAUCUAUCGAAGGAAGCUGCAGCAUCUCCAGGAGGAAAAAAACAAGGAAAUUGAAAUUCUGCGUAACACCAUAAGAGACUUGGAGCAACGUCUUAAUAAAGGCCAGGACUUGCACUUCAAACGGAAGCGGUUUUGAGAAUACAUACUGCUGAAAUACACUAUUUCUAGUUCCCACUGUAUGACAAAGUAUCUCAAACUGUACACUUCAAAAGUAAAAGCAAAAUACAAAGAAGUACUGAAUCUAUUUUUAUUGAAAAAACUCUCUUGUCAAAUAUUCCAUAAACUUACAUUCUGUUCAGUAUUACUUUCUUGCUAAUCAGUAUUCACCAUAAGAAGCUUCAGGUUUUGUAGGAGUAACAAUUUCCCUAUUAAACCAUCAUUAAUUAUGGUGUAUGCUCUCAAAGUGGUUUUCCUUUCUUGGAUAUUCUCUUUAUCCAAGAUUCUUUCAAACUACUGUAUUUUCACUUCAGUUUGGUUAAUCACAGUUAGAGAAUGUUAAGUUACAAACAGAAGUUAUACAAAUUUCAGAGGUAUACUGCAUUACUAAUCAAUACAGAUUAUCAAAUUCAGCACUGUUAUAAACAAAGACAAACACUGCAUCAAGACUGAGUUUGGUCCCCACCCCACUGCUUUUUUGGUACAGAUACUGAUCUGCAUCAAGAGCUGUUAACGCUGCCUCUCAUUUUAGGCACAAUCCUAUUCAUUCAGUGAGAUUGUACAAGCUGCAGCAGUGUGUAUUAUGGGACCCUGAUACAGUAUAUAGUUACAGAAGAUAAACAUA